CUAGCCGGUGGGGGCGGGUCACGCAGAUCGCGCGGCCCGGAGCUGCGCUGGCGGCUGGCGGCUGCGGCGGCGAAACUGCGGACUGGGGGCGGGCGCGGGGCUCUGGGUAAACGAAGCGCCGCGCAGUGCUGAGCCCGCCGCUGGUCGGGGAGCCAUGGAAAUCGGUACCGAGAUCAGCCGCAAAAUCCGGAGUGCCAUUAAGGGGAAAUUACAAGAAUUAGGAGCUUACGUUGAUGAAGAACUUCCUGAUUACAUUAUGGUGAUGGUGGCCAACAAGAAAAGUCAGGACCAAAUGACAGAGGACCUGUCCCUGUUUCUAGGGAACAACACAAUUCGAUUCACCGUAUGGCUUCAUGGUGUGUUAGAUAAACUUCGCUCUGUUACAACUGACCCUUCCAGUCUUAAGUCUUCUGAUACUAGCAUCUUUGACAAUAAUGUGUCUUCAAACAAGAGCUGUUUCAGUCGGGGAGAUGAGAGAAGGCAUGAAGCUGCAGUGCCACCUCUUGCAGUUGCUAGCACUAGACCUGAAAAAAGAGAUUCCAGGGUUUCUACUAGUUCACAAGAGCAGAAAACCACUACUGUCAGACAGACUUAUGAUGAUGGAGCUGCAACCCGAUUAAUGUCAACUGUGAAACCUCUGAGGGAGCCAGCACCCUCUGAAGAUGUGAUUGAUAUUAAACCAGAACCAGAUGAUCUCAUUGAUGAAGACCUCAAUUUUGUGCAGGAGAAUCCCUUAUCUCAGAAAAAACCUACAGUGACACUUACAUAUGGUUCUUCUCGCCCUUCUAUUGAAAUUUAUCGACCACCUGCAAGUCGAAAUGCAGAUAGUGGUGCUCAUUUAAACAGGUUGCAAUUUCAGCAGCAGCAAAACAGUAUUCAUGCUGCCAAGCAAUCUGAUACACAGAACAGCCGGGUAUAUGAAACAGGGCGUUUGUGUGAACCGGACGUGCUUAACAGUUUAGAAGAGACUUACAGUCCCUUUUUCAGAAACAACUCAGAAAAAAUGAGUAUUGAGGAAGAAAACUUUCGGAAGAGAAAGUUGCCUGUGGUAAGUUCAGUUGUUAAAGUAAAAAAAUUCAAUCAUGAUGGAGAAGAGGAGGAGGAAGAUGACGAUUGUGGGUCUCGUACAGGAAGUAUCUCCAGCAGUGUGUCAGUGCCAGCAAAGCCUGAAAGGAGACCUUCACUUCCACCUUCUAAACAAGCUAACAAGAACCUAAUUUUGAAGGCUAUAUCUGAAGCUCAAGAAUCUGUAACAAAAACAACUAACUAUUCUACAGUCUCACAGAAACAGACACUUCCAGUUGCUCCCAGAACUCGAACUUCUCAAGAAGAAUUGCUGGCAGAAAUGGUCCAGGGCCAAAGCAGGACCCCCAGAAUAAGUACCCCUAUUAAAGAAGAGGAAACAAAGGGAGAUAAUAUAGAAAAGAGCCAAGGAACUCAACAGAGGCAGUUGUUAUCCCGACUGCAAAUUGACCCAGUAAUGGCAGAAACUCUACAGAUCAGUCAAGAUUACUAUGACAUGGAAUCCAUGGUCCAUGCAGACACAAGAUCAUUUAUUCUGAAGAAGCCAAAGCUGUCUGAGGAAAUAGUAGUGGCACCAAACCAAGAGUCGGGGAUGAAGACUGCAGAUACCCUUCGGGUACUUUCAGGACACCUUAUGCAGACACGAGAUCUUGUACAACCAGAUAAACCUGCAAGUCCCAAGUUUAUAGUGACGCUGGAUGGUGUCCCCAGCCCCCCAGGAUACAUGUCAGAUCAAGAGGAGGACAUGUGCUUUGAAGGAGUGAAACCUGUAAACCAAACUGCAGCCUCAAACAAGGGACUCAGAGGUCUCCUCCACCCACAGCACUUGCACUUGACGGGCAGGCAGCUCGAUGACCCAGAUGGUAGCUUUCCAAAUGCUGAGAUGAGUGAACUGAGUGUGGUCCAGAAACCAGAAAAACUUCUGGAGCGUUGCAAGUACUGGCCUGCCUGUAAAAAUGGGGAUGAGUGUGCUUACCAUCAUCCUGUUUCACCGUGCAAAGCCUUCCCCAAUUGUAAAUUUGCUGAAAAAUGUUUGUUUGUUCAUCCAAAUUGUAAAUAUGAUGCAAAAUGUACUAAGCCAGAUUGUCCCUUCACUCAUAUGAGUAGAAGAAUUCCAGUACUGCCUCCAAAACCAGCAGUUGCAACACCAGCAUCACCUUCUAGUAGUCAACUGUGCCGUUAUUUCCCUGCUUGUAAGAAAAUGGAAUGUCCCUUCUAUCAUCCAAAACACUGCAGGUUCAACACUCAGUGUACAAGACCCGACUGCACGUUUUAUCAUCCCACCAUUACUGUGCCGCCACGACAUGCCUUGAAAUGGAUUCGACCUCAAACCAGUGAAUGACUGUCCUACUUGGCAGAAGACUGGAAUUUCCAUCUACUGGUGAAAAUAUUCUGCAAAACUUGUCAAACCUUUGAAACUUGGAAUAUAUUGCUUUCAUAAUAUGAAGUUUAUUGCCUA